AUGUCGUUGCCAAUGAAUUCGCUGUACUCGCUCACCUGGGGUGAUUAUGGAACAUCUCUGGUAUCGGCCAUACAAUUGUUGCGCUGCCAUGGCGACCUGGUCGAUUGCACCCUGGCUGCCGGCGGACGCAGUUUUCCAGCCCACAAAAUCGUGCUCUGUGCGGCUUCUCCAUUUCUGUUGGACCUGCUAAAGAACACGCCAUGCAAGCAUCCAGUGGUGAUGUUGGCUGGCGUCAACGCCAACGAUUUGGAGGCUUUGCUGGAGUUCGUCUAUCGGGGCGAGGUGAGCGUCGAUCAUGGGCAGCUGCCGUCGCUGCUGCAGGCGGCGCAGUGCCUCAAUAUUCAGGGGCUCGCACCGCAGACCGUGACCAAGGAUGACUACACCACGCACUCGAUACAACUGCAACAUAUGAUACCACAACACCACGACCAGGACCAAUUGAUAGCAACGAUUGCCACGGCGCCGCAGCAAACUGUGCACGCACAGGUUGUCGAGGACAUUCACCACCAGGGCCAGAUAUUGCAAGCGACCACUCAGACCAAUGCCGCCGGACACCAGCAGACGAUUGUGACAGCCGACACUUCCAAGCACGACCAGGCCGUAAUACAGAGCUUCUUGCCCGCACGCAAGCGUAAGCCGCGUGUCAAGAAAAUGUCACCAACUGCACCGAAAAUAACCAAAAUUGAAGGAAUGGGAACGAUCAUGGACACGCCGACAACAUCUCACUUGACCGGACAGCAGCAAGUAGUUCAGCAACAGCAAGUCCUGGAUGAAAAUGGCGCGGAAACGCAAUUGUUGACUAGCACUCCGAUCAUCAAGAGCGAAGGGCAAAAGGUUGAGACUAUUGUUACCAUGGACCCCAACAAUAUGAUACCCGUGACGUCGGCCAAUGCGGCAACUGGUGAAAUAACGACAGCGUCUGGGGCAACCGUAACGACUGGCACUGGUGGCACAACGGCAACGCCUAAAGCCAAACGGACAAAACAUCCGCCCGGGACAGAAAAACCUCGAUCACGCUCUCAAUCGGAACAACCCGCUACUUGCCCCAUUUGCUAUGCCAUCAUACGUCAGUCGCGCAAUCUGCGGCGCCAUCUCGAGCUGCGGCACUUCGCCAAACCGGGCAUCAAGAAGGAGAAGAAAACAUCCAGUGGCAAGAAACCGGGCAGCAGCACAUCGGGCUCCGGGCAGACCCAGACGGGCGGCAGUGGAGUAGUCCCCCAAGUGCAAACGGUGCAGUCGCUGCAUCCGCUGCAGGGCGUGCAGGUCAAGAAGGAUCCCGAUGCGCAGCAACAACAGCAACAGCAGCAGCAACAACAGCAGCAGCAGCAACAACAGCAGCAGCAACAGCAACAAACAAUGACAGUAACCACCACGGCUGGCAGUCAGGUGCAACAGCAGCAGGUGCAGCAGGUGCAACAGGUGCAACAGCAGCAGGCAUUGCAGCAUCACCAGAUCAUCGAUUCGUCUGGCAAUAUGACGACGCCGACAACCAGCGCCCAAGCUGCUGCCCAACAGCAGGCCAGCAAUCAGCAGCAGCAACAGCAACAACAGCAGCAGCAGCAACAGCAACAACCGCAGCUGGUGGCCCAGUCGGAUGGCAGCGAGAGCGGCACACCGCUCUCGAUUGCUCAGGUGCAAACGUUGCAGGGUCAUCAGAUCAUUGGCAACUUGAAUCAGGUGAAUAUGACUGAUUUUCAACAGCAACAACAACAGCAACAGCAGCAGCAACAACAACAGCAGCAGCAACAGCAACAACAACCACCACAGACGCUUUGAGUAGCAAGCUCUCACUUAUGACAAAAAUCGAACCGAAUCAUACACCCACUAUUAUAGACCCAAUCCAAGACCUGGUUCUCCGAUUAUGCUUAACUCUCUACGGAAUGUGUGUAGUAAAAUGUUCACCAACUAAACUUGGAUAUAUAGAGCAGGCUAGAGAAACCUCAAGGGCUGGCUCAAAAUAUUGCAAUAUCUAUUUCAAUUUUAACUUGGAUCGAAGCUAGCUAAAUUUUAACUUAAUCAGACUUUAUUUCUAAGAGUUAACUAAAUGGAAAUGAAAGUAAAUUAUAUUUCCUUUUGCUUUUCAAUGUGGCAAUAUUUAUUAUUUACAAAUUUGAAAAUCGUGCAAUGAUAAUUUAUACUGUGACCUAACAGUCCUGCAUAUAACACCAGUUACAACUGGAGAUCUAUAUAGAAACAUCCGAUUGGAGCAUCUACUGCUCUUCCAGCAACAACGUACUUAAGAGAAAUAAUUGCAAUUGCAUAAUUUCGAAAUAUUGGAAACGAAUCGUUUUGUUCGUAGCCUGCUCUAUAUAUCUCGAGGGCCUUUAGUUUUUAUAUCCAAUUUUGUUGUAAAAUUUUGUUAACUUUAAUUAUUGAUUUCGCUAUUAUGAUUAAUUAUGUUCUGCAAUACUUAGUUAUGUUUAAGAGCGCGCUAUGGUUAUUGGACUAUGUAAUGUGCUGUAGUUUGACCCGUUUCUCGCCUACCCCUACCUAUGUUAUAUGUGUGUAUGUAGUCUUAAUUGGACAGACUAGGCAUCCUAGUCAAGCUUACUAUCUUAUCAGUGUAGUCGUUUUUAAAUUUUACACUUUACACUACUUUUGCUGUGUGUAGAUUCCCGUAAAUAUGUUUAGCUAAAAUUAUUAAAUCUAUAUUAUCAAAUCGCGGGGCUCACCUGCAUUCUGUCUGAUGGAGAGAUUUCUAUUAUAUACUAUUCAAGUAAUGUCAUUCGCUUGGACUGCGUGCGACUUUUGCCUUAAUUCUGCCCGGAUUCUGCAGAUAUCUAUAUAAGCUUUAGUCUCUCCUGCUUCUCCGCUCUUAGACCAAAACUUCUUUGGUGCUACACUGUACAAAAAAAAGGAAAAAAAAAAGAAAAAAGAAAGAAAAAUUUGUACACUCUACACUUAAAUUUUAAUAUACAAAAACAAAAAGCUCUUUAUAUUUACAUAAUUAAUUUUAUUUUUAAUAGUUGCAAAUUUUUUCGAUAAGUCAUCUUUUACUAUUCUUUUUUUCGGAUUAGGGCACAUAUUCGCUUUGGUUUAGUUUGAAACUGUAUAAGAGAACAGAUUCUAUAUAUAUUUUUAUUAUUUUUCAACUUUGCAUGUAGCAAAUAUUUGGCCUUUUCCGAAAAAAAGAAGAAAAUUACCUUAACUUAAAUAAAAUUUAAUUUUAUUUAAAAAGAAUAUACAUGAAUAAACCAAAAGAUGUUGGAAAAAAAAAAACAAAAACAAAAGCAAAUUUUAUCAAGAAUUUUCGUUGAAUAUUGGUGUUGGAACUUUUUAUUUUUAACACAAAUUUAUGAAAUAGUUUAACAUUUUUCUUUGGCUCUCAUAACUUUAUAGAUUCUCUAACAAUUGUAGUUCAUCGCACAUAUAUUUGUUUCUGUAUGUUUAAUCCAUGCAAACUCGAACUUUAUUUGACUCUAAUAUGCUUUCCACUGAAACCUGACCGAGAGUUCUCUCUCAUAUUGCAUCUACUCCAUUAAUAAAUCAAACACACUCACAGACACUCUAAAGGGACACAAAAAUGAUAUCAUAUGAAAAGAAGUGAGAAACUUAUGUAUGUAAUAUAAUGUAAUAUAAUGUUGCCCCUUAUAUGCACUCUCAUAACACAACCUCAUGUUGAAUCCAUAACCAAGUCAUUAACAAAUCGUUUUUUAUCUUGUCUUCUCUCUUUUCGCUGCCUCGUUGUAAACUCACCAAAUCUAAUUAAUAAAUAAUGUUUAAUUAUCGCAACUCAUGCAUCAAACGACCAAACAACCAACCAACCCGACAAAUAACCGAAUCAUUCAUCAAUAAUCAAUGUGUCUCAAUAGGCCAACAAUAAGAACAUUUUGGUAAAGAAGGUUUUCAUUUUGAAAGGCGG